CUUCUCACGCAUGCUUUCACUUUAGAAAUUGGUUUAAUUUUUUUUUAAUCAAAGUGUAAAUAAGAAAAAACUAAAAUCAUUUUUAUUAGUAUAAAAAAAAAAUGUUGAGAAACCAUUUGGUUUUUGGGUUGUUGGUAACAUUUGCAGUAUCUGGGUACAGCGAAAUCAUCUACGCUUGUGAUCCUAGUGGAGCAGCUUCAGUGUGCAAGCAACAAUGUAAUGAAACAGUUGAAGGAGAAGUUGCAUCAAACGUGUGCGGAAUAAACAAAUGUUGUACUCUGCUCUGCAAUGGACCAUCAAGCUUUUGUUAUGAAGAGGGUUGGACUUGUGCUGACAAAGGUUGCAACCCAUCUACUGCCCAAGUUCAAUGUCCAGAUAACGGUGUGUGUUGUCAGGCUCCUCCAGAACCUUCUAACUGGCCGGGUUAUCCUUGGCCUCCUUAUUUUGGAUGGCCAACAGAUUACGUGCUUCCAGCUGAUUAUCCUUUUCCAAACUAUUGGCCUAAUGAUUGGGCGCCUUGUCCACCAUCCGCUUAUCCUGAAGGCGUUGAACCAAUAGAUCCAGCACCUACCCCACCAGUUACUACAGAAGUUCCACCAACAGUCCCACAAGCUCCACCAACCCCACCAGUAGAAACUGACGAUGGCGAAGAAGAUGAUAGUGAAGAUCAGACAACCACUACUACAGUAUUGCCAGUAGUUGAAGAGGUUCCGGUUGAAGAACCAGAACCAAUAACAACUGAAGCUCCACCUCCAGUUGUUGAAACUGCUCCCCCUGAAACUCCACCACCUCCACCCCAAACCUUUCCAGUUGUAAAGAAGAAAAAGAAUUCAAAGAAAACUCGUAAAGCUAAAGCAAUGAAAAAAAGAAGAUCAAAAAAGGAAAAAAAAAUAUAAAACUUUUAUUUAGAAAAGAAGCAAAUUAACUCGAUUGUUUUAUUUUAUAAAUAACACGUUAAAUUUAAUAAAAGCUAAUCUAAGACAAAACAUUUAAAUAAUCUUUGAAAAUUUGUAAGUCGAAAAUCUGGUUUAUAUUUUCGUUUUUUAAUUUGAAAAUUUAAUAAAACUGAGAGCGAAACUCUUUCUCUAUUUUCAGCAGACACUUUAUUUCACAUAUUAGUUGGAAAUGUAAAAACUAGUACAUACAAAAAUGUAUAAAAUCAAAAAUUUUUUUAAAGAAAAAUAUAUUGUUAAUGCUUUUUUGUUUCAUAUUAACAAACUUUAUAUUAAAAUUGUCAAAUUUUAAAUAUUGUAUAUUUUUGAGUUCUAAACGUGGAAGAACUUGUAAUUUGUCUGUAAUAUUAUAUUAUAUUGUCUUAA